GAGAAGGACACUUUACUCUCUGUGUGACUUUGUCUUUUUCCAUAUGUGCCUGUUUUUGCUGUAUGUGUCUCUCUGCACUUCCUGUGUGUGUCUCUGACUCCCUCUCUCACACAGCGGACCAAUGACGGGCUGUCAGGAAAGGGUUAAGAGUUCUGCUCAAUGAACUCCGCUUUAAAAGUCUGCUGGAAGCUACCGGUUCAGCCUUUAAAUACAGUCAUUUGACACAUCCAAGCGGGGGCUUGCAGAGGAGAGCAGCUGCUGACCCAAACACAGGCUUUAAGGGCGAGCUGGUGUGUCGGCAUCGCACUGCUUUGGACAGCAUGAAGGCUCUCGUAUUCACCUGCAUGCUGGUGCCGUGGCUGGCGGCAGCCUCAGCCCAGCCAUCUGAUCAAGACUCACAGCUGAUACCGGGAUCUCUACCUGGCUGGAAGCAGAAUGGAUACUUCACUGACCAUUUGCAAGCAAGGAGGGCUAGGAGGGCGCUGAUUCCCGCUGAUGAACCUGAUGACAGCCCGAUGCCAGAGGGAGGAGAUGCCGCUGAUCUUCCCACCUGCCUGCUGUGUGUGUGUCUGACCGGCUCAGUGUAUUGCGAGGAGGUCAGCCCUGACAUGACCACCGUUCCCACGCUGCCUAAAGAAACCGCGUACCUGUACGCACGCUUCAACAAGAUCAAAAAGAUCAGCAACAAAGACUUUGCCGACAUAUUGACUCUGAAGAGGAUCGACCUGACGGGGAACCUCAUCUCAGAGAUCGAAGACGGGGCUUUCUCCAAGCUCACCAUGCUGGAGCAGCUGUCUCUGGCUGAAAACAAACUGGUCAAACUCCCCAUGCUUCCUCCCAAACUCGCAGUCUUCAAUGUCAACCACAAUCUGCUGAAAACCAAGGGUGUCAAGGCAAACGCAUUCAAGAAACUUACUAAACUGAUUAACCUGUACAUGGGUGACAACCAGCUGGAAGCGGUUCCCCACAUCCCCGAGAGUGUUCGGAUCUUACAUCUACAGAACAACAACAUCACAGAGGUCACCAUAAACACCUUCUGUAGGUCCAACGACACCUACUACCUUCGGCCAAGUCUCAGUGAGGUCCGUAUGGACGGAAACCCGGUGGUGCUGUCAAAGUACCCCGACAGCUUCACCUGUAUGAAAGUACUGCCCAUCGGACGGUACCGCUGAAAGCACACUGACGUACUGACUGUGGAUCUCUGUCAGCCUUUUAACAGAAGGUACAGAAUGCUUCGACCGUCAUCGGAGCCCCUUGAAUUUUAAGUUCAGUUCAUUUUCAUCAGGCAACUGGUGAAACAAAACUGCACAAACUAUUAAAAUACAAACAACUGCUGCCAAGUGGCCGCUGAUUUGCCUUUAACUAUGUUUAUAUUAAAGACUGAAGUUUUUUUAAAAAAAAAAUUGGUAAAUGAUUUCUAAAAGUGGGAUACUGUUGAAAGAUGAAUACAUACUUGUGAGAGUAACAUCUCCCUGUAACUUUGUCUCUACUAUUGUUUUCCCCUCAAUAAAUUGUUUUCAGAUACCAAAUACAUCCCUGGAUUAUGAACACACAUCUCUUUGCAACAUUUUAAGCCUGCAAGAACUUGAACUGCACUUCAGCUUAGAUCAUAAUAGCAUCUGUCAUUUUAUAGAAAAUUACCCAAAUUUUAUAUUUUUCUCUUUUUUUGUGUGAUGGGGUGAAAGCCAACAUAAAAAAAACUAAGUAUAGCGAUCUCAAACAAAGCCUUUUUAUGAAACUGAGUAAAUGUCAGGCAAAUCUAAAUAAUCGUGUCAUUGAAGUGGACGUUUUGUGUCUGUUUCCUACUAUAUAUUUGUAUCUAUCACCUGAUAUGAUAGAAAUACAGCAGCCUCAGAGCUUUGUUAAUUUUUUUUUUUAAUAAGUCAAACAAUCCAUACUUUUUUCUGUAACACGGGAAAAUUCUGUAAAUACUAUUUAGUAAAAAGGUUCACUUUACUGUACGAAUAUGUGAAUUAAUUAAUUUUAUUUGUAACUAUUCCAUUAGAAAUGCCUCUUCAUAAGGGCAAAGUCCAAGUAGCCUCGACCAGCCUCAGGCUUUCUGAUGCAUUUUGUGACCGACCUUCACUUUGUUUUUAAUUUAUAGACUCCAGAGGAAGUAAACUAGGGAACAAUGUAUCGAUGAACUAUAGUAAUGUGAAAGUUACUCCUCUCGCUUUUUGUCUGCUUAUAAAUGUCUUGCUUUUGUCUCUAACUCUUCCCUUCCAGUAAUAGAAAUGACUGUCGAGAUUAUUACUGAUGUGAAUAAGACAAUGGUGUACAGGAAGAUGUGUAUGUGACAUGGCUUUGAUUAAAAUGUUUUAAUAAAAAUAAACUUUUUUUUAUAA